CGAAAAUGCGACUUGUUCCUAGCUUUACAUGAGCGGCGUUCGCCAUUUUGCGAGUUAGUUUGGAAGAAAAGAAGAAGACGUUGAUUGAACACCCGCUGUAAAAUGGCUGGGUUACCAAGAAGAAUUAUCAAGGAGACACAACGACUUUUGCAAGAACCUGUACCCGGUAUUCAGGCCCUGCCAGAUGAAAGUAAUGCCCGAUAUUUCCACGUAAUAGUUGCUGGACCUGCGGAGUCUCCAUAUGAAGGUGGCACGUUUAAAUUAGAACUGUUUUUACCAGAAGAAUAUCCGAUGUCUGCCCCUAAAGUCCGCUUUAUGACAAAGAUUUAUCAUCCUAAUAUUGAUAAAUUGGGUAGAAUAUGUUUAGAUAUUUUAAAAGAUAAAUGGAGUCCAGCACUUCAAAUUAGGACAGUUCUCCUCUCUAUUCAGGCUUUACUUAGUGCUCCUAAUCCGGAUGACCCUCUCGCUAACGACGUGGCAGAGCAGUGGAAGGUUAACGAGUCCCAAGCAAUACAUACAGCAAAAGCGUGGACGAAAACAUAUGCUACGGGUAGUCGGGAAUGACACGUCUAUAUAGGAAGUGAAAUAUGUGUUACAUCAUGAACAAGACUUAGUAAAGAUCACGAACAGAGAUGGUAUGUCCGUAAUCUCUGCCGGGUUUUCAUGGGUCAUGCAACAGCUUUACAUUAUAAAUGCUGUUUAAAAGUGAUUUUUUUUUCCUUCUCUGCAUUAAGUAUACAAGUGUAGUAUGAAUGUUAAUUUCACUUCAUAGUUCACAUAUCUGUUCUCAGUAUUAUACUUUUGUUGGAUGACUAAAUUUGGAUAGAGCUAUAACCAUCAUAUUUUUUUUGUUUUCCAUCAAUUUUCAGAAACUAGAAUUAUAAAGUGUUUUCAGAUACCUGUGUCAAAUGAUGAUUUUUUUUUUUGCUGGAAUGAUGAUGAAAUUUGCCUUUUGUGUUACAUUACGAUCGGUUUUGUAUUUUUAUGUUUGUUGUGGAGUAAACUGAUAAAAGUGAAACAAGAAGUCAGUACUCUAUAUUGUGAAGUUUUUGUAUUGUAUAGAUGCGCCAAUAAGACCUAAAUUUUAUAGUAUAUAAUAUAAUGUGAACAGUUGUCCAUUCACUUUAUUUUUGAUAUUGUAAUUCAAAGAGGUAUACAAACUCUGCUAGAUUUUCUGUCUGACAAACUCAACAAGUUUUAAACAAUACAAAUAUCACAUUUGUUCCAGUGAUUUGGAUGUAAAAUAUUUCAAUCAAACUGUCUAACGUACAAGUGUGCAUGUUUUAAACAUGGAAACCUGAAGUACCAGUUAUGUCAUGUCUUGUCAGUUCCGUCUCUGAGUCGUUACAAGAUGAGAACUCCGAUAAAAUGAAGAAGUAUUUAACACACCCUGCUGUUUGCAGAUCUCUUGAGAGAAUUUGUUGGGUUUUUCUUCUUUUCUGAUCUGUUUUGGUGCAGUUAAAUGAUGAGAGUGACUGAGGUUUGUAAUUUAUUAAACAUUAUUGACAUUUGUAAAUCAAUACAAUUUUAAUAAACUCUCAUUGCUAGU